AUGCCCAACCCGACAACCCCCCCCAACUUCGACAACAACGCAUUCAACACAACCAGCCCAUCCAGCCCAUCAUCAUACCUCGGCCGCAGCCCACCCAGCUUCAGAACCGGCUUUGUUGAUCCUAACUUCGACGUCGCACGUAUCGGUCCCUAUCUUGGCCCGGAGAUCGAAGCGGAACUACAAGCUGCGCGUGACGCGAGAGCAUGGAGGAUUGAACAAGGU